UCUCUUUACGGCACAUUAAGGUUAUUUUACUCACAUUAACUCACCUGCCUGUGUUUUGUCUCCAUCUAUCGACAUGGGCGAGAAACCGGUCUUCUACUACUACUACUACUACUGAGUCAUGUCUUCCUUGUAAAUUAGCAAGAGUUGUCGAUCUUCAACAAAGAUACAGCAAAAAUAAAGGCCUGGCCACCGCCUUUUAAUGAGAAAUUGAUUUUCUUCAGCGCCAGGAAAGCCGUAAUUGAAUGAAACAAUACACAACCGUUUGUCUUCACAAUAAAGUUUUGUGUUUUCAAACGUCCGUUCUCUACAAUAGUCCGAGUGGAAACACGUUGUGGAGCAGCUACCGGUUACCUGCAACUGAUCUAGUACUCUUGAACCACCAAACGUAAACGCGGUGGAUGUGUUUGUGUGUAAAUGGACGGUGUAGCCUGCCUUCGUGUGCCCCAGUGUCACGCUCAGCAGUUCAGGAGAUGCCUGCAGUCCAGAGGAGCUCUUGACCUGAGUUUGUGUCUGCUGAAAGACUCAGAUGGGACAGUCCUCUUGCCCAUCUUACCAUCCUGUCUGUCACAACUUGAUCUGCACUCUCUCAGAAGCAUGGUGGCUUCAGACAGUGCUUGUGAACUUGUUUGGAGUCAGUCUCCUCUGAAGUCAAAGAAAGAGAGGGGAAAGACAAGUGGCGAUAAACUUGAGAAAAUCCUCCAGGAGCUGUUGGAGUCUCAUGGUGAAAGAUGGACACGGGAGCUGAGGGGGGACGUCCCUCGCAGCUUCCAGAGGCAUGGAGACCUAAUCCUGCUGGGAGACGGCUGUUUCUCCCUGCCACUGUGGAAGAGAAUGGGUACUGUCCUCAAACAUUACCACACUUUUCUACUCCUGUCAGCCAAGAACAGAAAAGACAAUCGACAGCUUUGGAGUGCAGUGGCCAGAGGACUGGGGGCAAAGCGUUUGGCAAAGAUGAGUCGAAUAUCCAGGGAUGGAUUUAGGUCUCCUGUGGUGACGAUGCUGUUAGGAGAGAACAGCUGGGUCAGACAUGUGGACAAUGGUAUUAGUUAUGAGUUUGAUGUUACCAAAUGUAUGUUCUCAGCUGGAAACAUAACAGAGAAGCUCCGGGUAGCUGGAUUUGACUGCAGAGGGGAGACUGUGGUGGAUUUAUAUGCAGGUAUCGGAUAUUUCACUGUCCCAUAUCUGGUCCACGCGGGGGCCAGUCAUGUUCACGCCUGCGAGUGGAACCCUGAUGCUGUUGAAGCUUUACAGAAAAACCUUGCGGAAAACAGUGUGUCCGACCGCUGCACGAUUCACCAAGGAGACAACCGACAACUCCAGCUGUGUGACAUAGCUGACCGGGUGAAUCUGGGUCUCAUACCGAGCUCUGAGGAUGGCUGGCCUGUCGCCUGUCGCCUGCUGAAGAGGACAACCGGUGGCAUUUUGCACAUUCACCAGAAUGUUACCUCACCGUCACUGAACACUGCGGCCAGUCCAGCGAUCAAUGAUGCCACUCGGAGGGUUUAUGGGAAGAAAGCUGACAGAGAGGCGUGGCAGGCCUGGGCUGAUGACACAGCAAACCGCAUCGCUUCUCUUUUAAGGGACAUUAGUAGCGCAUCGUGGAUAACAAACAUCCAGCACAUAGAGCACGUUAAGUCAUAUGCACCUCAUGUUCACCAUGUGGUGGUGGACUUGGAGUGCAGACCAUCCUGAGCUGAAGAGAUGAACACAGAUACAGAGUGGACACUGUGACAUUGGACAUUUGAAUGUACUGAAGUCUCUUUUUCGUAGAGUAGAAGGAGCCAGCUGUAUGGUCCAGAAGUUUCCACAAGAACCAAACAUAACGUCAGCUGGUUUCUAUGAUUGUUUCACCUGUCAGUUGGUGAAAUCAGCUGUUUUUAUAAACCUUUAUUUAUCCAGGGCAGGUUGAGCGCAUACACUGUUUGUGUUGGCUGUUCUGUUUUUUUUUGUUUUUUGUUUUUUUUGUUUUUUUAAAAAGAAACGCCCUGCCUCACAGUCCUGCAAUUAUAAUCACAUCUCGAAGCUGCCCAGCCACACCUCAGCCACAGCCUCAUCUGUUAGCUGCUGGACAAAUCUGCUGGAGUAGUGGGGGAUCAGGCGCAGGUCCAAGGGCACCUCAUUGUAGUGUCAUCAUUUUAUAAUGAAUUUCACUCUGGUGUUUAAUCCUUAGACCUCUUGUGGUUGGCUGAAAUGAAAAGGUGUACACCGACAACUGCUCCUGACUCUCACCAUCAAUUACAGGAGCAUUCAAACCUUUUAAACUCCAAUAUUCUGUCCCGCUAAACUACACAAUAAAUAUAUUUGGCAUGGUUGUAAAGAAUAACCUCUACAAGAAAUUAGAACAGAUAACACAAAUAUACAGUCGUACUCUGUCUUGUCAAUAUUUAUUUGGAACUUCAGGAGGAUACAGCAAAUUUUUUAUGUGAAAGUUUAACUUCUGAGCUACAGACAGGUUACAAAAACCUGAAUAACUGAGUGCAGGUGUUUCCAUACAGAGGGGUCACUGAACGGUUUCAAGAGUAUGGAAAUUAUGUGAAUCAUAUGAUAUGGCCUUUGCAGUCAUCAGAUCUAAACCCAGUUGAACAGCUAUGGCAGAUUUUGGACCCAAAUAAGGGAAUAUCUUCUGGUUGAAUGGUGUUCAUCCUUCUAGUAGUAAUCUAUGCCAAAGAGCACUGAAGCUGUUAAGAUGACUCGUGGUGGAUUAACAUGUUACUAAGACAGUUAAUGCUUUUUUUCCCCUUCCCAUCUGUAUCUGCUAUGGAGGUAUCAGGAGGUGAAAGCACAAAAUUUGUCUUUGCACUUCUUGCCAAAAAAAUCCAUAUUAAACAGACAUGGUUGGAUUUUCUUAGUGAAUGUGGCCCUUGUGAGUUUCCUCAUAAAUGUAGUAUUAGUCAUAUAAAGUACAAAGUCAGCAGAAAUAUCCGGGGCCACCUAUUUCCAUUCUUAGUAAAUCGUGAGACCUCAGUCCAUACAGUUGUAUGCAAAAGAUAGUAGCCCACCCCUUUGCCAACUGUUUAGAAUGGUGGUGGAAAUACUCUGCUUUGAGGUUGUGUGGCAGAAGACUGGAUUCCACUAAGUAUCAGCAAGUGUCCUGCAGUCAGCCAAGAAAGUUAAGACAAAGUGUUUCCAAGCUGUAACAUCUGCCAAAUGGGGGGGUUACUAAGUACUGACUUGGUAGGGUGUCCAAACCCUUGCAUAUGUUACAAUUACCGUUUAUUUUUACAUCCGCCAAGAAGGUUAUGUAAUCACCCAUGUCUGUCUGUUUUUUCUUUUGGUUUGUCUAUUUUGUCAGCAGGAAUAUGCAAGAAGUAUUUAAUUUGCACCAAAACCGGUGGAGUCAUGGGGUAUGGGCCAGGGAAGAACCCAUUCAAUUUUGGGUCAGAUCCGGAUCAUUUACUACUACUACUACUUUUUUCCUCUGAAGUCUGGUGUGUGUUCUUUGACAUUGACGGAGGUCUGCGCUCCACUGAGCGCAUUUACUAGUUUAUUUCUGUUUUUUAAGUUCAUUAAAU